UGUGCACCACAUCUGACAUACUGUCGCAGAGGUUUCAUAAAAAAGACAGUCACACAAGAGAGUAAAUCGCUAGGGCCCCUCUGUCCAGAACUAAAGAGAGCCAGACCAUGGAAGAAUCUUCAGAUGAGAUCCGCUCCCCUCUAAUACCCAAAGUUGAGAAAAAUGGAGAUGAUGAUAGCCCUCCUUCAACCUCACAAUCCGAAAUCAAAGAAGAGCUUGAACCGGAGGAAGAAAACUCGCCAAUCGAACAGGUGGCUCUCACCGUACCCACCACCGACGACCCUUCCCUCCCAGUCCUCACCUUCCGAAUGUGGGUCUUGGGCACCCUUUCAUGCGUCCUCUUAUCUUUCCUCAACCAGUUUUUCUGGUACCGUACAGAGCCUCUAACCAUCACGGCCAUCUCAGCUCAGAUCGCCGUUGUCCCUCUUGGGCAACUAAUGGCUGCUAAGAUAACAGACCGUGUGUUCUUCAAGGGUACUAGCUGGGAAUUCACGUUAAACCCAGGUCCAUUCAAUGUUAAGGAACAUGUCCUUAUCACCAUCUUUGCCAACUCUGGUGCUGGCACAGUCUAUGCCGUUCAUGUGAUUACUGCUGUCAAGGUCUUAUAUAAGAAGCACAUCACCUUUUUUGUGUCCUUGAUCGUGGUCAUAACAACCCAGGUGUUGGGGUUUGGAUGGGCUGGUAUAUUCAGAAGAUACCUCGUGGAGCCAGCAGCUAUGUGGUGGCCAGCCAAUCUUGUGCAAGUAUCAUUGUUCAGGUAA